AUGCACACACUGUUCUUGCGUGGGUUCGUUCUUCGGAUCAUAGACGGUACCACAAAUUUGUCGCGGUUAGAGUUGGCGAAAUAUUAUCAUCCACGCAGCAGUCAGAAUGGGUACCAUCAAAACUGGGUACCAUCAAAACUAAACGUGGCAGAUCUAGCUACUAAAUGGAACAACAGCCCACACACGACAGCUAGCAACUCGUGGUUUAACGGUCCACAUUUUCUGUACGAACCAGAGGAAAACUGGCCCAAGCAACAGAAACCGAACGAGCCAACUGAAGAAGAACUUCGACCUGUCAGUCACAAUUCAAUACAUUUUUCGUCAUGCAUAGCCUUUGGAAACUUCAACCGGUGGACAAAACUACAGCGAGUGGCGGCGUAUGUGCUGCGAUGGAUUGAUAAUCUUCAAAGGUGUAUUAACGGGAAUGAAUUAGAACUCGGUUACCUCACCAGUAGCGAGUUAUGCCGAGCUGAAGAAGCACUACUGAAGACAGCUCAAAACGAAUCAUAUGCAGAUGAGAUUGCUAUUCUCCAAAAAACUCGAGGACCGCCUGAAAGCAAUCACCCUACUGUACACAAAUCCAGUAUAAUCUACAAAAAAUAUCCGUUUGUAGAUGAGUUGGGCAUUCUACGGAGUCGUGGCAGAAUUGGAGCUGCACCAUACGUACCAGCAGAGGCAAAAUUUCCAAUAAUCCUUUCCAAGCAGCAUCAAAUUACAUUUGUUAUCGUUGACUGGUAUCAUCGUCGUUUCCGUCAUGCCAAUCGCGAAACGAUAUUCAAUGAGAUUCGUCAACGUUUUGAGAUAGCUGGACUUCGACGGUUACUGGACAAAGUAGAACGGGCAUGCAUCUUCUGUCGUAUAGCAAAAGCAACGCCAAGACCACCAGUUAUGGCUCCACUUCCCGAGAUGCGACUGACUGCAUUCAUCCAACCAUUUACCUUUACGGGCUUGGAUUACUUCGGUCCAGUUCUUGUGAAGGUGGGCAGAAGUAAUGCUAAACGAUGGAUAGCGCUUUUCACCUGCCUGACAGUUAGAGCGAUACAUCUUGAGGUAGUCUACUCCUUGAGUACCGAGUCAUGCAUUAUGGCAAUACAACGAUUCGUAGCUCGUCGAGGACAACCAAGGGAGUUCUGGUCGGAUAAUGCUACCUGUUUUCAAGGUACAAGCAACGAACUGAAAAUACAUAUUCAAUCUAUUGCUGAAAAAUUUAUCACCUCUCAAUGCAAAUGGAAGUUCAUUCCACCGGCGACACCCCAUAUGGUUGGUGUUAAGAAGUAG